CCCUUCAUUUCCAUUUAAAGCUCCGCGGGGCUUUAAGGAAAACGUGGUCUCAAGUUCUGCCGCUCAGUCUCCCACAGCAAGAUGCGCCCCGUUCCCUCUUGCCAAGAUCAGUACUUGGUAGGAGGGCAGGGCUAUAAUUGCCCCUAUUCCGUCGCGACGUCAGAAUCCAGUGUUGAUGUUUCCAGGGAGACUUGGGUCUCUUUCUGGACCGCCGGUCUCCUGGACAACAGAGAGAGCCAACAAGAGCCUCAGGCGCAGGAGCAAUUAGGUGACUUGGAUUUUCUGGUUCAAGAUGACUAUGCGUGGGAAGGGGAUCAGCUAUCCUCACAGCUCUACAGAAAUAAACAGCUUCAAGACACCCUGCUGCAGAAGGAAGAAGAACUUGCUAGGUUACAUGAAGAAAAUAAUAACCUCAGAAAGUACCUGAAUUCUGCCUUGGUUAAAUGUCUUGAGGAGAAAGCCAAGAAAUUGCUGACACAAAACUCAAAAAGUGGGAAGAGGAAACCAAAGGAAGAAAACUUCACUGCCGCAGAGACCUCUCGUCCUAAGAGUGCUAAGAGAAACCUUUUUGGAGACUUUGUUGCCUGUGAAGAACAACCUAGUCCACCUGUGGACUCAUGGGUCCUUCAGACACUCGGAUUAAAAGAUAUCGACACCAUUGAUGAUUCUUUAUCAGCUAACUACAGUGCCCUAUCCUCUGAAUCUUCAAGAUGCUCCGAAACAUUCUCCCAACCUCCCACCCAAGCAACUGAGUUUGGAUAUGAUAACCUACCCGUCACUUAUAGUGGUGAUCAGAGGGCACCCUUAAAUAUCACUCCUUGCCAGGAAAAGGAGGAUUUAGCCCUCCACCCCCGACUGGCUAAUCCACCAGGGGGUUGGCAUUCCACCCCUAAUACUGUGCCUUUCAGCCCUCUCAACUCACCUUUCUACUCUGCUGAUGUGUCACCCAAUAAAACAGAAGUGGUCUUUUCUACAUCCCUGAGCCCCCACUGCAAUGUGAAAACACAUUCCUUCCACCAAGGACAAGCCUUCGUGUGUCGAGAUGAAGAGGGAGGUUGGAAGUUUACCUGGGUUCCCAAAAACUCCUAGCGAACCUGUGCCUAGUGAAAGCACUGCCAUCAAUUGUGUUUACAAAGCUCAUUCUUGCACUUGAAUACAACUUUGUGGAACAUGGGGCUUAUGGCCUGGAGACUCUUUCCCCCCAGCCAUCACGUGCCUGUCUCUUACAAUGAAUGCUGAAAAGAAUUGAUUGCUCAGAAUCUUCAUUGAAAUGUAUAUUUCAACCAGCCUGACUCUCCUCCCCAGUCAAGCAAUGUGCAUGUUGUCUGGCUUUAGCUCUGUGUCCAUCACUCUUCUAAAUGACAGACAAAUUUUCUCCUUGAGUCCCAGGGGAAUGGGUAUGAGGUUGAAUAAAGAUUUGGCAGGUAACAGUGUUUUGCAAGUCUGAGAGCUUCUUUGGGAAGCUGUGAGACUCUCCAUUGUUAAAAUGGUAUUUGG